AUCAGUGGUACAUUCCCACUAGGCCAUCUCUCGGUGUAACGUUAACGGUGCUGCUUCCUUUGCUACUCAGAGCAGCAGAGGGUUCGUCCUCCGGCUAUCAGCUAACAUCAUGGCGUCAACUGAGAUAGCAAGGCAAGCGGGUGAAGGAGCACGUGCUGUCCCUCUGGCGGGCCAUGUUGGCUUUGACAGCAUGCCUGACCAGCUGGUCAACAAGUCUGUCAACCACGGAUUCUGCUUUAACAUCCUCUGUGUUGGUGAGACGGGGCUGGGUAAGUCCACUCUAAUGGACACACUGUUCAACACCAAGUUUGAGGGUGAGCCCACUCAGCACAACCAGCCAGGAGUCACGCUCAAGUCCAACACCUAUGAACUCCAGGAGAGCAACGUCCGCCUCAAACUCACUGUUGUCAACACCGUGGGCUUUGGAGACCAGAUCAAUAAAGAAGACAGCUACAAGUCGAUUGUGGAGUUUAUUGAUGCCCAGUUUGAAGCAUAUCUCCAGGAGGAGCUGAAGAUUAAGCGCACGCUACACAGCUACCACGACACCCGCAUCCACGCUUGCCUGUACUUCAUCGCUCCAACGGGACACUCGCUCAAAUCCCUGGACUUGGUCACCAUGAAAAAACUGGAUAGCAAGGUCAAUAUUAUCCCAAUCAUUGCCAAGUCGGAUGCCAUCUCCAAGAGCGAGCUGGCCAAGUUCAAAAUCAAAAUCACGAGUGAACUGGUCAGCAACGGAGUGCAGAUUUACCAGUUUCCCACUGAUGAUGAAUCUGUGGCAGAGAUCAACUCCACCAUGAACAGCCAUUUGCCAUUUGCUGUGGUGGGGAGCACAGAGGAAGUGAAGAUUGGGAACAAGAUGGUGAAGGCCCGGCAGUACCCCUGGGGGACGGUGCAGGUGGAAAAUGAGAAUCACUGUGACUUUGUCAAACUGCGAGAAAUGCUGAUCAGAGUGAACAUGGAGGACCUGCGAGAACAGACACACACACGUCAUUAUGAGCUGUACCGCCGCUGCAAGCUGGAGGAGAUGGGCUUUAAGGACACAGACCCUGACAGCAAGCCCUUCAGUCUGCAGGAGACAUACGAAGCGAAGAGGAACGAGUUCAUGGGUGAGCUGCAGAAGAAGGAGGAAGAAAUGAGGCAAAUGUUUGUCCAGAGAGUUAAAGAGAAGGAGGCCGAGCUCAAAGAAGCGGAAAAAGAGCUCCAUGAGAAGUUUGACCGUUUGAAGAAGCUCCACCAGGAUGAGAAAAAGAAACUGGAGGAAAAGAAGAAGUCCCUGGACGACGAGCUCAACACAUUCAAACAGAAAAAGACUGCUGCAGAGCUCUUGCAGAACCAAGCCCAGCAGGCAGGGGGCUCCACCACACUUAAGAGGGACAAAGAGAGGAAAAAUUAACUCCUUCCACAAUUGCUGCAUGCUGCAUGAGGCACCUUUUCUGCUAAGGAUUCCUGUAGAAAAAGUGCUCCCUUGUGGCCAUCCUGCUGUGAAUGAGUUCCCACCCCCAUCAUCCUUUACAGUACCCUUCCUCUUCCUCACCCAAACCCUAUAAUUCAAUCCUCUACAUGCCCCCUCCUCCCUCUGUGGAAGACGCUGGGCAUUGCUAUCAGUUUGACUUCACUUUUAUUUGCUGAAUGAUGCUUGUCGGUUUUGUGGGUUGUACAAGCGAUUAUUCAGCUUUGUCUUUUUUAUGCAAAUUUACAAAAUGCAUUCCAUAUUUGUUUUGUAUUCAGUGGUUCUUUGCAUGUUGUGAGCUUUUUUAAAUAUUAACAUACAUGACUACUGCUGUGAUGGGCAGAAAUGUAUUAAGGCUAAAGAGAAACAGGCAUCAAACAGGGGGACCCCAGUGUGCAUGUAGGACAUUUGAUCUGCAGUAGAUUACAGAGAAGAAACGAUCAAAGCUUUAAAAAAGAAAUGUCCGAUUAAUAGUCAAAGUCGGGCCUUUACAAUCUCCAUCUAAGAGCAGAUUCUAAAAUAGAUAAUCAUUAACGAAAGGUUUGGUUGAAUAAAAACCUAGACUGACUUAGUAGUCAAAUUGGUGUUUGGUAAGUUUGUUAUUAGUUUAACGUUUCAGUCCGUAAGAUUUUAAAUCUGGCUGGUUUUCUGGCUACAGUUUUAACAUUUGAGUGUGUUUUUAUACUACAGGAAACAUUGACCGAGCAGCUACUUUAUUUUCUAGCAUUGUAUCUGUUUAUUUAGCAGUCAAAAAAACUUUUUUCAUUUAUUUUUUUAAAUAGUCAGAAAUGUUUUCAAUCUGAUUUUUUUUCUUGUGCAAAUGGUUAGAAGUGUAAAAUGUUUAUUUCUUAGAUGCAUUUUUGAUCUAUAGUCACUGUUUAUGCUAAUUGUUGAACUUGAAGAACGGUUUCGUUCACAAUAAAAGCUAACCUGUGAUUUUUCUAGUUGCAUGCUUUUAAUGUGAAAUGGCAACAAUUCAAAAGACUUUUAGUACAUUAACUGAAUUACAAGUCAAUUACAGAAUAAAAAUACAUUAAAUGCUGAAAAUAAGUGCAUUCAAACAAAAAUAGAUUUGACUGUAUGAAAUCUUAAAGAUUACAACUUCAAAAGUGCUUCUAAUUAUUGCCUCAGCCGAACAGACUUUGGACUUGGAAUAUAAACUAAGCUGCAGAUUUGAUUUACUUCCCCUUGCUGAUGUUGUUUCACUUUAGCCUGAUGCAUGAGUAGAUGUGAGCCUAAUCUCUUUGCCACUUCUCUCAUACCUCAUUCAUUGUCAUGUGUUAUGUGCAUACCUGUAUUAGCGUUCACAUUUGCACUUUGUUUUAUACCCAAAUGUGAUGUUUUAUAUAUUAAUGUUGUCAGUGCAAUUGUAACUUUCUUUUUAUUUUACUUACUAUGAAGGCACAUUUAAAAGUCAGUCACCAUUGAUGUCCAGGGACCAGUGUUGUUUGUAUUAGUGUUUCGCAUAAAAGGAAAAUUCUCAAAGAAAAAUAAAGGCCAAUUUUUCACCAAAUCUUA